AUGCUGUCUGCAAAGGUGGGCACCUCAUACUACGUUGCGCCGCAGGUGCUCGCGAGGAAGUACGAUCAUGCAUGCGACCUCUGGAGCUGUGGCGUCAUCAUGUACGUUAUUAUGUGCGGCUACCCCCCCUUCUGCGGGGAGAGAGAGUCGGAGACCCUCGCGCAGGUGAAGUCUGGCAAGUUUACGUUCAAGAAGGCAGACUGGUGCGGCAUCUCCGAGGACGCAAAGGACCUCAUCAGGGGGCUGCUGAAGUUGGAGCCGCGCCAGAGGCUCACGUCCGAACAGGCGUUGGACCAGGACUGGAUCAAGAACUGGGCGCCCAGGGCCCCCAAGGUGCCCUCGCUGCCGGCCAACUUCGUGGCCAACUUGCGCAGCUUCCGCUCGCAGAACAGGCUCAAGAAGGCAGCCCUGCACAUCAUCGCUGGGCAGCUGAAUGAGAGCGAAAUCAAGGGACUGCGGGGCGUGUUCCAGGCGCUAGACGGCAACCAGGACGGCCUGCUCUCCGGUCGCGAAUUGAAAGAGGGAUUGCUGAAGGCCGGCCUCGAGAACAUCCCUGCGGACUUGAUGCGGAUCCUCGAUGACGUAGAUUCGGACGGCAGCGGCAUCGUGGACUAUACCGAAUUCUUGGCCGCCACCCUUGACGAGCAGCUGUACAAGCAGGAGGACGUUUGCUGGUCGGCGUUCCGCCUGUUCGACCGCGACGGCGACGGCAAGAUCUCCCAGGACGAGCUCAGGUUCGUGAUUAGCAAAGGCAACGACAAGAAGCUGGCUGACGACAAGGUCAUUGAAGAGAUUAUCAGCACGGUCGACACGAGCGGAGAUGGCAAGAUCGAUUUCCAGGAGUUCAUGGCCAUGAUGAACUCCGCGGCGAAGCACAGGUGCCCCAGCAGUGUGGCGGCGACCACUGUCAGGAUGAGCAGUGGGUCGUGCACCACGUCGCUGAGCAGCUCUUCGAGUUGA